CGUGCAGUGAACAUACCUACUGACAUCAGCAGCAUCAAUCUGGGACAAGAAACUGCAUCGGCUCACGUGCUUGCAAAAACUACGUUUGCACUUAAAAUAUGAAGAAACUGCAGUGUGGUAUUACGCAAACAUAGAAUAAUUUAGUAUAAAUAGCUUGUAAAAAGUGUAAAUAAAUCUCUUUGAUCCUGGACAUCGUGGCUGUAUCAUUUGAGUAUAAGGUUUUCCUCUCACUGUUGGUAGCAGUGAGAAAAUCCUUUCCAUUACCCAUUUCCUUCCCUGUCCGUCUGUACCUUAGGUCUCAUGGUGCAGAUAUCCUGUACUUAUUAAAUAUAUGUAUUAUUAAUUUAUAGUUAGGGCUAGGGCUGUAGGGAUGUGUAGGGUUGUUUAGGGUGCUAGGGCACUUAGGUUGGAUAGGCUACAGUUCUCCCCUUAACUUCUUGGUAAAAUCACUUCAUGAUUUUACAUUUGGUCCUUCGAAAAAUUUGAAUCAGUUUGAGUUAGGUAAAAUCGCGGUCCUCUUGUCCCUGACAUAAUUUUGACUGACUGACACUUUGGAGAGCUGCAUGCUGGUGUACUCAAACAAGCACCAGUAUUGUGGUAAUUCGAAGUACUUAGUAGGUAUUGCUUUCAGAGAAGGUACCCGUACAGUAGCAGAUCGGUUGCUGGCCUCCCACAAGCGGGUUCAACCAGUCAAUUGAGAAGUUGCGAUACUGUAUGCGAGGGCGCUGAGAGCAGUACUUGCUGACGUCGUAGGGCGAUAGGAGUAGGUUAGGGAAAGUAGGAACUUCAAGAAAGAAGAAAGAAGACCGGAACACACAAUGGCUUUGACCAUCGACGAGACCAACGCUUUAAUCAAGAACCAAGAAGACAACUAUGAAGAAAUUAGAAGGAUUUGGGAAAACAUCAAACAAGACUCAACAGCCAGGAAGACACAAAAAUAUGUGGACGAACGAAAAUCCAAUUUGGACAGUAUUUAUCAAAGAGCAUUCGACCGACGGUUGCAGGAGCAAGAGGUGUUGUCCUCGCAUAAAUACCUCACUCUCAACCACAAAAUAUCGACAAGCGAAUGGAAGAAUGUUACGCGACAUGCAUUUAGAGGAUCCCAUACUAAGCCAUCGAAAAUGGGACUCGACGACGAGGCGACGACGACGACGACGACGACGAGAGUUAGACGAGCCAAACAAGAUAGAAAAAUUCAGUAACAUGAUGAAGUUUUUGAAAACGAGAUUCAAAAGCUUAGAGUAAAAUAUACCACAGUGUAAACCGACCUUUACAGUGACACCGAACCAUAACAAAAACUAAGUGACUCGGCAAAUCAUCAGACAAAAUUCACAAUUGCAAAUUUCAUAUUACUAUUUACUCCAAUACUAAAUACGAAACUAAAUACGGAUUACAAGGUUAUGACAUGCCACAGACAUUUAUAGGAAUAGACUACAAAAAUUGAUUACACACUUAACAGUUUCAUUUGGUUUUCCUGUGGCCGUGAAGAACAUGCAAUUAAACUACAAUUGCAUUGUUAGACUCAUAACUAUAAAUGAAAAUACUGCAGAUUGUCCACAGAUUGCAAGAAAAAUACGACAGACAAACAUGGGAGCCGGAACCAGGGACCAGCGGCACACCAGACCAACCGCCAGCAAGCGGAUCGCCUGCACCUCAGCGCCGGCCUCCCACACAGCUGACCAACCACACGUCUGCGCGCUGCCAGUUACGCAGGGGAGCGCGCCCAGACUGAUCGUGCAGCCCACUCCACAACUUUACCAAUUGAGGACUACACCGUCUACACCCAGCCCUUCUGAGAGGCGCCAGAAUGUUCACGUGCAGUGAACAUACCUACUGACAUCAGCAGCAUCAAUCUGGGACAAGAAACUGCAUCGGCUCACGUGCUUGCAAAAACUACGUUUGCACUUAAAAUAUGAAGAAACUGCAGCGUGGUAUUACGCAAACAUAGAAUAAUUUAGUAUAAAUAGCUUGUAAAAAGUGUAAAUAAAUCUCUUUGAUCCUGGA